GAAAAUAAAUAAAAUCAUAAUUAUUGUUAAAAAUCUCAUUUUAAAGUUUAACAUUACAAAAUAACGGUAAACAUUUGAAAAAUGGAUAUGUUACCAAAUCAUUCAAGAUGGUUAGCUGAGGAUGUGGUACAGUUAAUAGAACUGGUAAGAAAGGAUGAGGCCAUUUAUAAUCCUCGGCAUAUGAAUUAUUUUUGUCGUCCUUAUGUUGAAAAUUUUUGGCGUGAAGUUGAUAUUAAACUAAAUAAAAAUCCUGGAGCAAGCCUUGCAAAAUGGACAAAUUUAAGGAUUUCAUUUCGUAGAGAAUAUUCAAUAUAUUUGGCUGAGAAAAUACAACCAUCAUGGAUAUUUUUUGAAAAAAUGUUAUUUUUAAGUCCAUAUCUUCGAAAAAAACGACCACAAAUUGAAGGAAUUGAUCCACAUAAUAUUCAAGAAGCACUAGAACAAAUUAGUUCAAUAACACGCGGUAAUUAUAAAAGUUUUGUUGAAAGUAUUGAACGUUGUGGUGGUGGUUCAGCUACAGAAUCUGUAACUGGUGAUGAUCAUCAUUCACCUGAUACUGCUGAUGAUGAUAUCGUAUGGGAUGAAAAUUCAAUUAAAGAGGAAUCUAUUGAAGAAAAUUCACCACCUGGUGAACGAGCUGUUGAUGAUUUAGAACAUUAUGAUAAUGAUAAUGUUGAAAUAUUAUCAGAAAAAUCAUUGCCACCAAAAUCACCAAAAGAGCACAGCACAAGUACAUCACAAGAAGAAAGAAAUUUAUUAAAACGUAACCAUCAUCAUCAUCAAUUAAAUAAUAAUUUGGAUGAUGAAAAUAUAGAAAUGAAAAGAAUGCAUUAUAAUAAUGAUAUAAAUUUAAGACAUUAUCCAUCAUUAUUAACAAUUAGAAAUUUACAAAUGAAUAAUGCAACAGAAUCUACAAGACGUAUGAGUAGUAGUACAACAUCCGGUUGUAGUACAACAAAUACAAAUAAUAACAACAAUAAUAAUAAUAACAAUACAAAUAAUGCCGGUAUACAAAAUGGACGUAUAUGCCCAAGAAUAUUUGAUCAACAAAUUCAUCCGAUACCAAACAAUGGUUUAAAUAUUGAUAGAGAACGUAUUGGUAAUAAUUGUUCUAGAUCAUCAGCAUCAUCUAGUCAAGGUGCAUUAGAUAUGGCUGAUAAAAAAAUCGAUGAUAUCAGUUUAAGAUCAAAUGGUAAAACAUCAAAUUCAGAAAUUUGCAUAUGUAAGACUGAUCCAGAUGCAAUGUUUUUAAUGAGUUUAUUACCAGAUAUACAAAGUUUAUCACGUAAAGAUCGUGGUAAAUUGAAAAUUGAAAUACAAAAAGUUAUACAAGAUUUUUUGUAUCCAGAUUGA